AAAUUAACCCAACUUUAUUUCCGGUUGCGCUCCUUGCUGUAGCAGUCUUAAGCUAGGGGAAGACGAAAUGUCUCCACUCCUGCUAUAUAAUAUAUAAUUUGUUGUGUUUCUGGAGCCGGGAGAUGAAAUAGCGGUUAGUAUUAAAUGAACAAACUGUAACUAUUAUGUUGUCAACUUCAAAACUACCUCAGAAGCCUUCAGACUGCACAGCAUCGUACUUCACGAACAGCAGCGUUCACGUUUCAUCACGGAGAAACCAACACAGGAGAAAUUAUCACCAGAUAAGAAUAUUACGAGGAUCUUCCCUGGCCCAAAAAAAUGCCGUCCAGAAACCAUCUUGACAAAGUUGGGCGCAAGAAAAAGAAGAAAUGGACGGAGGAGGCCAUGGAGCAUGCGCUGAUAGAGGUGAAGUCUGGGAGGAGCACAGUGAGGCAGGCGGCUAAGGAGUUUGGCGUCCCCAAGUCCUCGCUUGGAGACAGAGUGAGUGGACGGGUGACACCUGGGAGCCGCAGCGGACCGGCUCGGCUCAUCACCUCCGCAGACGAGAAGCUGCUGGUGGAGUUCUCCUUAUACAUGUCCAAGCAUGGAUUCCCACUUACCAAGCAGCAGGUAGUGUCCUUUGCAUCGUCCAUUUAUAAGCGGCAGCACCGGAGGGUGGCAUUUUCCAAACUGGGCCAGACGUGGUGGCUCAAUUUUAGAAAAAGGCAAGAAAAGAACAUUACUAUUCAGCCAGCAGACAAUGUUGUGCGUGGGAGGACAGUGUGUGUCAGGAAGGAAGCGGUGGAUCAGUUCUUUCGUCUGUUGAGCACGAUCGCAGACACACACGGGCUCAGAGACUCGCCGAGCCAGAUCUACAACUGUAGCGAGACGGGCUACCAACUGGGCAGGAGGAAGGCCGUCCUCUCCAAGCCCACGAGUCUGGGCUACAAGCCAGCGGCAAGCUCCAGGGACCACGUCUCUGUCCUGGCUUGCUUCAACGCAGCUGGAGAAGACAUUCCUCCGUUUGUUAUCUACUCCAAGGCCUAUCCAGGAGGAGUGUGCUACAAGACUCAAGGUCCACCUGAUGCCCUUUACGGGUGGUCGGAAUCUGGUUACGUCAACUCAGAGCUCUUUAAGAAGUGGUUCCUCAAACAAUUUCUCCUUCAUGCAGCAAAGGAGCGUCCUCUGCUGCUGAUCUUCGAUGGCCACAAGUCGCCGGUGAGCCUGGAGGUGGUGGAGUCGGCUCAGAAAGAGGGCGUCAUCCUCCUUUGCCUGCCUCCCCACUGCUCGCACAUCCUGCAGCCGCUCGACACCAGCCUCUUCGUGGUCCUGAAGCAGCGUUUUGCUUCUUUCACCGGGGACGGCGACAGCGGCGCCGACGGCCACUUCCCCGUCAGCAAGAAGGAGUUCUCGGGGGUGUUAAACAGAACGUAUCAGAUAGCAAAGGAAGAGGAAGGUGUCCGGAUUGUGAAGGAAGGUUUUAGGAAAUGUGGCAUUUUUCCGCUUAACCACUACGCGCUUAAUGAGGUUCAUUUAAUGCCUUCACACAGCAUCGACCCCGCUGCUGGCGACUCCUUGUUAAAAUCGGCAGAAGGCAUGCACUCUGUAGCGGAGCUCACAGCACCUGGACCCUCCUCCUAGCUCAUUACCAAUUCAUCAAACUGUCUGUACCUUUGAGGUGAGCGGGGUCGGUUCUCCUGAGGAAACCAUGGCUGGUCGCAUUAUUCAGCCAAACCCAAUCAACUCAGACUAGUCCCGCUCAUUAAGAUGCCGAGUGAGUUUGUAGUCCUGUGGGGACGUCACGCCGCACCACCCCCCUGCUUCCGUGCAGGACGCUCUGUUUAUCCACCGGCCAGAAUAAAGGAAUGUGUUGAUAUUUAA